CAUGGGGAAUCAGUCUGACCAUCAAGGGACUAGUUGAAAAAAAUUCCCAAGCCAAAUUUGUUUUUAUACGCUUAUAUAAACAAAUAACCGUCAAACGUUUAGCAUAAUCCACCAAUCACUGACAAACGAUCAACAAACGAUAGCGAAAAAAAUUAGUUCGAUCGGUCGCGAUGAGGGGCUAGAAGCUCGUAACCAGAGUUUAAACUUCGAUUAACGUCUUUGGAAAGGGUCAUUAUAGCAGGCAUUAGUAAUACAAAUGGUUUGAAUAGGUCUCUUAAAGUUCCCGCCUUUAUUUUAUUCAAGUUUUUAGAUUACUUUAUUUACCAUGGCUUAUGAUAAUAAACACAAGGCAUUGUUACAACAAAUUAUAGAGAAAGGUGUGAUGCUUAAUGAAGAGGCACAAAGAUUAACUGUCAAAUUGUUUGAUAAUGACAACGUCCUAUUAUUUGCUAAUGUUUUAAACUCAAAGCUGCAAACUCUGAAUAUGGAAGUAAAGUCUGUGACUUGUGAACUGAGUGGAGAUAAAUAUUGGAUGCUGAGUAGUACCGUGCAAUACGACGUGGCCAAAUGUCAAACUGAAUUCUCUCCUGGAGAACUACAACUAUUGAGAAAAAUAUUUACUAUAAUCAUUGAAUCUGAUACUGGUAGUGUAUCAAGUAUAAAUUGUCUAAAUCUCUGCAGUUCCUUAAAGUCAGAGUUAAGUAUAUCUAAUGCUCAAGACUUUUUAACGAAGAUGGUGGAACUGAAGUACUUAUUCUUGAAGGAUGGAAUUUUUUUUAUGGGUGUACGGAGCAUCGGUGAACUGAUGCCUUAUUUCCGAGCAUAUUAUGAGCAAGACACGUUUCAUACUUGUUUUCUUUGCAAACAAGUUAUCUUUCAUGGUAAUAAAUGCGCUCACUGUGAUGUUACAUUGCACUUGUAUUGUUUAGAGAAUUUUGGCCGCCUGCAUAAUCCAACGAAAUGUCCCAAUUGUAAGCAACCGAUGUCAAUCGGUAACUCAUCAGAUCAAGAUAUAGUAGAUGAAGGUGCCACUACUCUAUUUACACAAGAAAGUACCUCAAGGAAAAGAUCUACUCGUAAACGACCACAUACAUCACGUUAAGAAUGGAAAAGUUUUGGGAUUUCAAAACUGACCGGAAGGGCAGGGUCGUACCCCUACCUCCUUACACCCAGGGCAAUGUCGUCAUCUUCUCCCAAACAUCCCCCGCGCAUCGACUGUUUUAAUUUAGUACUAAUUUAUAUUUCGAGAUUUCGUGCUUUUGCUUAAUAGCGUUAUUGCGUAUCCCUUUGGAUAUUCGCUCAGUAUAUAUUCAAUCGCUCUGGCCGCAGACAAAACGCGUUGAUAUUUUAAAGAAUAUUGUUUUACAAUUUUUAUAACUUACGCAGAAUUAUAAAUUAUCAUUUUUUCAUUAUCGUAUUCUAAAGACAGUCGCACUGAUUUCCAUUAAUUUUUUUAUCUUACAUCGAAUCCCUCCAUCUUGAGUCAUUUGAAGAAAAUCAGAAUCGUGUACUGACUUGGACCACAUUGUCCUUCUAGUAAAUUUUUACGGCUUUCUUUUGGACGAUACGCUCCAAGC